AAUAUCUGUUUACUGGGUUUUUUAUUAGGUCAAUCCAGUAAAGUCAAUCUGAACAGAACCCCUUUAUAUUAUGUUCUUGGUAGGACUCCAAACAAUUCAAUUUAACAGUGAUUUGCCAACUGUAACGAUGGAAAUGUAAAAGCUCUCAUUCAUAUGCCAGCCUAGCCUCUGUCACGUUCACACACACACAAAAACAGAAAGAAUAUUAGAAGCAUGGUGGCUGCGCACUGCACGUACACUUUGUUUGCUUUGAAAUCUAGGAUCAAACAGAACCAUGCCGAUAACAUAGUCCGCGCAAGGUUAGCCAGUUAGAGGGCAAAUAUACAGCCUCUCUCUCACUCAUACAUACACUCACUCACUCACACACCUCACGUUUCCGCGCUUGCUUUCCAACGUGCUGCUUUGACGCCCAGAUGUCUCUUCUGUGCCCGGCUCCUUACACAGUUACACGGUGCAUACUAAUAAAGUUCAGCCAGAACGGGAAAAAUCGAGCUGAACGAAACAUAGAAAUGUCAUUUCAUCUCUUUCACACGUUGAGUCUCCUUCACGCAACACGUUGUGCCACCUUUUCCUAUUGUCUUUGCGCAGUUAAUGGACAUUACGCAUUGCAUGGCAUCUCCUAAACGAUGUUUUAUAUCGGCAUUGCGGACACAACGGCAUUUUUACAGCUUAGUUUAUUUUGCUUGGAGCUUGAAACGAACGGAUUGUUCGUCGUAAGGUUUGUAAGGAUUUGAAUGGAUCUUAAAUGUGGACCAUGAAACAUGAGAAAGGACGCGACGAUGACUGGCUUUAAAAAUCCAUAUGUUGCGUCCAAGAAACAAAAGACACAAUAAAAAAAAACAUCGUAUCAGCUCUAGGUCUGAGGCGUGCAUCUUUUCUAUUAGCCACAUUUGCGUUAUGAGUAGUCUCUCAUAUUGAUAUGUCCAUCUUAUUCUCAUAGGCGAACAGGCGCGCAAUCUGCGUGUAUCCAUCGCCCGUAGACUAGAUCUGUGUUACUGCGCCAGGAUGGAGAUGACGCAAAUGACCCAGCUCCCCCAAAAGUGUUUCAAGACGAACAUGGCGGCAACUUAACACAGGACCUAAGAUGAUGAUGAUGAUGAUGAUGAACAGAGAAGAUCGAAGGCAAUCCGCCCAGAUAAGGAAACCGCAGCACUUUCAGGAUCUCGCCUUCCCUUAAGGAGUCGCAGGGACACAGGCAGCUUUGGGAACAGCAGCUGCUCUCCGAGGGUCUAUGGGGAGAGGAGGCAAGAGAGGAGGCAUGUUGUCACACAGAAGUCGCUUUUUCUCCGGGGAGCGAUGCGGAAUAACGGAGAUGUGACCGUGUGUGGCUUAAUCUAGCCCAUCGACUCGGAUACAGCUGCCUGGACCGCCGUUUAAACGGGAAUAAACAUUUCAAGUCAAUGCAUUUUGUGGCAGAGGAGCCGUCGCGGUGGAGUCGGCCAGUGCUGCUCUUUCCUGAAAUAUGACCAGGGGUGUUUGGACGUGUCGGCAGCAAGAUGACGGCUUAAAAAUCUGGUUUGCACCCCGAGAGGACGAAAAGCCAUUAUUCACCGAUUCCGAAAGGGCCCAGAGAUGGCGACUGUCCUUAGCCUCUCUUUUGUUUAUCACCAUUUUGCUCUCUGAUCAUCUGUGGUUCUGCGCCGAGGCCAAAUUGACAAGGACUCGAGACAAACGGCAAGACAACUUCGCCGUCAUGGACACGGUGGAGCACACGAACCAUAUACUUUCAUCCAGCCAUCAGCCCGUCACAGAGCAGAGUCUUAUUUUUAUAGGCAAUUCUACCAAACCUCUGUGGAGACUUGAAACUUGUCACCCCGACAGCCUCUCCAAAAACUGCUUGACUUUCGCCGACGCGGACGCCGUGUGCUCGGGCCUCUCCGAGUGGAACUUGAGCGAUUUCUAUCUUUCUUUUUGUGAUUCCUACUCUCUUUUGGAUUUGUUUUACGGGUUUACGAGUCCAGACAAUUUGACCUGUAGCUUGGACAUGGCUGCGGGCGGUAAUACAUCGGGAUGCACCCAAUGCGUUGAGGCUUACCAACUCUACGACCGAGAAGCUCAGAAGACAUAUCGAGAGUUUGAGAUUAUGGUUCAGAAAUAUGAAACGGAUGUAUAUUCGGUGCGGACAUGCAUGGACGAGUGCACGACUGUCUACAAACAGUGGAUCUGUGCCCAGUUCUUCCACACCACACAGAUGCACUGCAGCAACAGGAUCCCCUGCAGGAAGUACUGCCUGGAGGUCCAGCAGAGGUGUCCCUUCAUAUUGCCUGACAAUGAUGAGCUCAUCUACGGAGGAAGCCCCAGUUUUAUAUGCACAGGGCUCCAUAAGGACAACCCCUCAGACGAAGAGACAGAAUGCUGCGACGUUCGAUGGGACAGCAGGACGGACAACAGCUCCAAAGGCACUCUCAAAAGAACUCACCCGUCGUGUCAGCACGGGACAUCCCUGACCUCCUCCGCAGCCUCUAGACUGUGCAACAGCAGACUCAAAUUCUGCCUGCUGGUCCUCGUCCUACUUCAUACUGUUGCCACUCUCACAGCAUCCCACAAUCCCACCGGGUUCAACCUCACCUCCAACUCCUCCAAUGAGGAAUGACGGAAAAGCCACUCAGUAACGCCAGCAAAGCCCGAUCAGGUGAUGGACCGUGGGGUGACUGGAAUGCUUUCCGGGACUUCUGGUAGAGUUCAGGUGGAGACUGUGGAUGUGCAAUCAACCAAGCAAACAAAACAAACUGAGAAAAACCUAAACAAACUCUGGACGGACUAAAUCAAGCAACAAGAACAAGGGACAACACCGUAGCCUUUGUCGGAAGAGGGCGGAGUUCUCUCGCACCACGUUUUUUUACACUGUGUCUAUGGUUUAGAUUUCUGUUGCACUAGAUGACUGCAGAAUCUAAUUCAUGUUUUUCUUUCGUUUCAUUCGGGUCUUUGUGCAGGAAGGAUUGACAUGAGACGAGUUAAAUGUACAGUAUCCAAGUGAAUAUUCGAGAGCGAGUGUUUAUGUGGGUGACUGGACGAGUGCUUGUGCAUGUGCGCCUGUGCUUGCAUAUGUGUGUGUGUCCACUUAGAUGUUCUUGUUUCUCUUUGUGAUCACAAACUCUCUGAAUGCUGCUCUAUUCAUUACGAGGGUUUCCGUAGAGCCUCUAUAGCAGUUUGUACAGGUUCUGACAAAUCUGCCUAGAAAACUCCCCAAAACUCAGAUUCUCCCAUUAAGAUCCUGAACAAGGUAGCCUGAUGUUUUCGUUGCUGAUGUGAUGUCAUUUCCUGGUAGGCCGGGUCAGUAGCUUCGGGGGUCUGGGUACGUUUAGAACAUUAUGUCAGUGGGCUGUUCGCUUAAGUGCUUAAAACUGAAACAGGUCCUUAAAAUAUCGUAUCCAGUUUUGUGUUCGUCCCCUGCAAAGGAGCAACACGGAGUCCACAAAUCCUAAGUAGUAUAUAUUGUAUUAAGAUAUUGUAUUAUCUACCCUAUAUUCUAUGAUUGCAUGUUAUAACUACACCGAGUUUUGACCACUGCUAAAUUCGAAAGGAACAAAUCGGAAUCUGGUCACAAGGUGGGUUGAAAGAGGAGAUCGUACUUAAAGUCGCAGCAUGAAACCAGCCAAUCGGAGCUUACGAAACAAAAUACCCCAAACACAGAGAGGAUCCAUCACACACGACGUUCCUUACUACAGUAAAGGGCUUACCCAUCAUGUAUACACACACACACACACACACAUUCAAACAUUCCUGAAACAUUUGCAUGAAGAGAUUGGUGAGGCAUGAGCAACUCAGUGGAAACUACAUUCAUUUGUUACGAACCUUAAGAUAGUCAUAAAUCGGAAAAAAAACAGGCCGUUGGGGGGCUUAAUCAAACCGCUCCCGAUGGAUGGCACGGAGAAGGCCCGUCUCAGGUGGCUGGGCCGGCGGAUCUCCGUUCGGUGGGUUGUUAAUGAGCAAGCGAGGCAUCGUUAAGGGCUGAUCUAUUUUAUUUGUUUUCUACAGGUAUUAUUCUGACACGCGCGCAAAAAGAAGCCUUUUUAAAGACAGAUUUCACAUAGCCUCAGUGUGAACCUGUCAAAAGACACGCUUGUUAAAACUCAUCAAACAUCACGCUUGUCCAAAAAGCAACACUGGCCCAUACAUGCACACUGACAUACAUGCACAUGAGUCAUUUAGAGCUAAGUUUGCUCAGUAGAAAAAAAGAGAAUUAUAUUGUAAGUGUUGUAGCUGCCAUUUCAAUAGACAACAUAAUGCAUGUCUUUUAACAAACGAUGGGAAUAAAAAUGGGUCAUCUUUGCCACCUUUAAAACUGCCUUUAGCUUGACUUCUGUAGGAUGUUUGCAUUGCUGUUAUUUGUAUGUAGGCAUUUUAUUUUCCCCUGAUAUUUCCUUUUGUUUUGCACGUAGUAUGCCAUUAAACUCGAAAUAUUGACAAAUGCUUAAGAAAAUGUAAUAUUUUCACUUGAAAAAAAAACGAUCCAUUGGCCCUUUUGCAAUAUAAUCGACUAUUAGCAAAUGACAUUUCGAAGUGUCAGAAGCACAAGUUUUUGUUUUUUUGUCCUAAUGCAGUUCAGUUUGACCUGAAUGACCAAAUACAGAGAGAGAAACUUAUUUUUUUAUGUAGUUAUUUCUGAAUUUCCUGCUAAAUUAAUGCACUUGGAUCAAGUGGUUAAUUUACAUCUCAGCUGUUUUUGGCUUUAAAUUUAGGCUAGAGUUUAAUCAAAUGACAGGUUUAUCUAAUCUGAUAUGUGACCUUCGGUCAUCUAAAACAGACUGUACAUCCCUUACAUUUAAUAAUACAUUAACCUACUUCAAAUGAACCUAGAAACACGCGGGAUACAAUUCAGAACAAGACCACAACCAAGCAAGUCCGUAUGUUAGGGGAAAACAGGCCGCAGUCUAUUCGAGAUGCGUACGGGCCGUCCAGCGCACCGUGCAGGGAUUGGAUUCACUGCGGUGAGCAUUUUACUAAUGAAUAAUUAGAGGAAACCACAGUGAACGAGAGAGAUGACCCUCCUGAGAGCUUAUUAGUUCGUUUAUAACCCCGGACAUUCGGCGGAGACCACCUGCUCUGCAACAGUAAUUAGAAUAGAAAUGAUCAUCUCUGUUUUGUCUCCAAACAAAACUAAUUCAACCUCUUCACCAGGGCCAGAUGAAAUGAAGAUGUCUAACGUAAAGAGCAGUACAGAUACGAUCUGUACAAGCUCUGUGUCUUGUCAGUUAUUCAUUUCCUAUAAGACGCUCUGGAUGUUUGUUAUAGCGGCACAUGCAUACAUCAGUCGAACAUACAUAUAUGUGCUCAUCACUCCUUUGUAUAUAUUCUUUAUUAUGCGAGUCAGGAAGGGUUGUGUCAAUAUCAAGGAUGGAUUAUAGUCCUGGAGGGCCCUGAGGCUCCCCAUUUGGUGCAAUUGAGAGAUACGAGGUCCAAAUGAAAACAUCCAUAGAUGAUUCUGGGUGUCUAUCCGGCCCAUAAUCUGUCCUUGAAUAUAAUUACGAUUAAAUGUUUACAACAAUUGGUCCAAUGCAAUGAAUGUUAAAGCAGACACCUUAUCAGGCGGAAAUGAUACCGUUCAUGGCAAACCGACUAACAUCACCCUAAACGGAGACCUUUUUGAUGGCACCGAUUUGUCUGACUUUGUCACCUUCGUAACAUGUUUCUCUGUGUUUGUGGGGUCCAGUCAUUAUAUGUCUCAGCGUCCAACAAGAUUGAAUGUAACAGAUGCCUGCUAAUAUCGCUUCAACACCACCAAACCUAAUAUAAGAUGUAUGUUAUGCUUGCACAUGUUUUAUGGUCAUUUCCGAGUACAGCUCCAGUUGUGUAAGUAGUAUUCCACACAGCGUAAUCACUUAGCAAGCCGAAAUACUUUCUUUUCUCUUUCUGAAUCCUGUGGACCUAUGCAGCCCUCAACAUCAGUUGUUUUUGCGUUGUAAAUACGUUACGAGAAUGCUAAACAAACGUGCGUCUCUGUUUGAUUUCGAGGUUUCCUUGUGUUCUGAGUUGGUGUCCUUUUUUAAUCCUAUUUUUUAAGUGUCAGAGAUCACUGGUUGGUUUGUGCUGAGAUCCAUACUGAAAGCGAAGUGCUUUAAUCACAAGAACUGUCCUCUUAGUCACAACCUUAGCACCUGAAGGCUGUGAUGCUAUGUGAUGGGAUGUGCAAGCAAUGACUUUAAGAAAAAAAGACGAAAGGUUAAAAGGCAUAUAGAGAUAACAUUAUGACUAUGACUACUGAAAAAAAUAAUAUUAUUAUACUACCGUUAUAUUGUAAUAUUAUAGAUGAUUUAGUUCAGUAACCUAUUUAAUUUUUUUACAAACUUUGAUGAAAUAAUUUAUAAAACAAUCUCACGAGUUAUGAUCUUUUCGAAGGUAUGAUUAUACUGCUAAAAUGAUUAAAGUUGU